AUGGUAAGUAUCCAGGGUUUCCCAGCAAAGGCAUUCCCUCGCUCUCUUAUCUCCUCUACCCUGCUGAUACAGCACGACCAGGAUUAUGAUUUUAAACCAGUGCAAGAUGAGUCUCCAAUUAUCCUCGUCUGCAAUUCUGAAUUUGUCCUCACGAUGACGUUGCAAGAUGGCGGCGCGCACAGACGCGGCGGCUCACAGCUCUCCCUAUUUGUGCUACUGUAUGUUGUACGUUCGUCUACCCACAUUACGAAACACUACAGUCGUCUGGACUUACUUGACAUCGGUUUCCAACUGAAGGUGAACAUAUCCGGCGACUUUCACCGCAAUCACAACAUUCCGGACGAGAUAGCGCGACCUGCGGGAUCUCCGUGGAUUGUUAUAGGGUUAACGCGAGAGGAAACAAAAACGAGGCUGCAGGGCUGGGCUACUGCUCAAGCUAAGGAAACAGCCACUCAAACCUCCGCUGCCGAGCCUCUACCUUACUAA